GAGCCUGGAGACAACUUUGCCGUGUGACGCGCCCGAAGGACCGCAGGGCCCGCGGCCCGGGGCUCUGCGCCGCUUCUGAACCGACCCGUGCUCCCCGGCGCCCCCGGCACCGCGCUCGCUCCGCUCCUUUGCCCGCCCGGCGGCCGGUGGAGAGGACAACCCGCCCGUCGCCGGCGGCAGCAGCCCUUCCUCCGCGCGAGGCGGCGAGGGCGAGACGCUCAGGUGUGAGCGCCGGGCCCCGCCACAGCGCCACUCCAAGCCGCGCCCGGUUCCGCUCCGGGGGCUCAGGCGCCUUCGCUUUCAUCUCGGCCAAGUUGCUUCGACCGGCCUUUUCGCCACCUUCCCCGCCCGGCGGCGAAGCCGCCGCUGCCGCCGCUUUCGCUUCACCCGAGCGGGGCCUGCGGGGCCCCGACGCGGAAAGGAUGGGGAGAAGGCUGCGGAUGCCGAGGCGCCCCGAGACGCCCGAGUGGCAGUGACCCCUCGCUACCGCCUCGCCCAGCGCACCUCUCCGGCUCCCGGGGCCCACCGCACCCCUUCCCCGCCGCGCGGGAAUCCCCGCGGCCCGGCCGGCCCCCUCCCCUGUGAGCCGGCGGCGGCCCUCCCGGCGGGCGGGUGGAGGCCCGGGCGGGCGCGGGCGGGGGCGGGGCGGGGCGGCGCGCCUGGAGCCCGGAGCCCGGCCCUGCGCUCGGCUCGGCUCGCCUCGCGGCGGGCGCCCUCGUCGCCAGCGGCGCACCAUGGACGGGCUGCCCGGUCGGGCGCUGGGGGCCGCCUGCCUUUUGCUGCUGGCGGCCGGCUGGCUGGGGCCCGAGGCCUGGGGCUCACCCACGCCCCCGCCGUCGCCAGCCGCUCCACCUCCGCCCCCGCCGCCCGGAGCCCUCGGCGGCUCCCAGGACACCUGCACGUCGUGCGGCGGCUUCCGGCGGCCAGAGGAGCUGGGCCGGCUGGACGGCGACUUCCUGGAGGCGGUGAAGCGCCACAUCUUGAACCGCCUGCAGAUGCGGGGCCGACCCAACAUCACCCAUGCCGUGCCCAAGGCCGCCAUGGUCACGGCCCUGCGCAAACUACAUGCGGGCAAGGUGCGCGAGGACGGCCGGGUGGAGAUCCCGCACCUGGACGGCCACGCCAGCCCUGGCGCCGACGGCCAAGAGCGGGUCUCCGAGAUCAUCAGCUUCGCAGAGACAGAUGGCCUCGCCUCCUCCCGGGUCCGCCUGUACUUCUUCAUCUCCAACGAGGGUAACCAGAACCUGUUCGUGGUACAGGCCAGUCUGUGGCUCUACCUGAAGCUGCUGCCUUACGUUCUGGAGAAGGGCAGCCGGCGCAAGGUUCGGGUCAAGGUGUACUUCCAGGAGCCGGGUCACGGCGACCGCUGGGACGUGGUGGAGAAGCGUGUGGACCUGAAGCGCAGCGGCUGGCACACCCUCCCGCUCACCGAGGCCAUCCAGGCCCUGUUUGAGCGGGGCGAGCGGCGCCUCAACCUGGACGUGCAGUGCGACGGCUGCCAGGAGCUGGCCGUGGUGCCCGUGUUUGUGGACCCGGGCGAGGAGUCACACCGGCCCUUCGUGGUGGUGCAGGCGCGACUGGGUGACAGCAGGCACCGCAUCCGCAAGCGGGGCCUGGAGUGUGACGGCCGGACCAACCUCUGUUGCAGGCAACAGUUCUUCAUCGACUUCCGCCUCAUUGGCUGGAGUGACUGGAUCAUCGCGCCCACCGGCUACUAUGGGAACUACUGUGAGGGCAGCUGUCCGGCCUACCUGGCAGGGGUGCCAGGCUCCGCCUCAUCCUUCCACACGGCCGUGGUCAACCAGUACCGCAUGCGGGGCCUGAACCCGGGCACAGUGAACUCCUGCUGCAUCCCCACCAAGCUGAGCACCAUGUCCAUGCUCUACUUCGAUGACGAGUACAACAUCGUCAAGCGGGACGUGCCCAACAUGAUCGUGGAGGAGUGUGGCUGUGCCUGA